AUGGCUACAAUCACUCAGCAGCAACAUUCGUUGACAGACUCUUACGAACUUACCGAGACACCCAAGCAACCCCGCAGAGAACAAGUGCUAGGGUCUGACGACUCUCCAGAGGCUGAACAGAGCGACAAACUCGACAAUGGUACCCUCUCGAAGCUCAUAGCAGCAGGCUUCGCCUUCUUCAUCUCCGGAGUCAAUGACGGCAGUGUCGGUCCUCUUCUUCCCUACAUGAUCCGCGACUAUAAUAUCACUACAGCAGUCGUAUCCAUUGUCUACGGAGCAAACUUCUUCGGCUGGUUCCUCGCAGCUCUCACAAACACCUACCUCCGUCAAAGAUUUGACCUCGGCGGACUACUCGCUUUUGGCGCCUUCUUCCAAAUCCUGGCUCAUGCGCUCCGGGCAUGGCGACCCCCGUUCCCAUUCUUCGCCGUCACAUUUUGGCUUGUAUGCCUCGGACAAGCGUACCAAGAUGCAAGUGCAAAUGCCUACGUAGCCAGUGCCAAGGCCGCCCAUCGAUGGCUUGCUUUCAUCCAUGCGUUGUACAUGGCAGGGUGUCUAGUAGCUCCAUUUGUCGCGACACCAAUUGCAUCGGCUGGAGAGACAUCCCGAUGGUAUCUGUUCUACAUCUUCCCGCUAGUCAUUGGUGUUCUCAACUUCGCCCUGACUUGUUACGCCUUCCGAGAUACCAUCAAAUUCGGGCGUACAAAGACUGAUGCGACUAGGCAAGAAGCAGAGGGUGAUGGCGAAGAGAAAAAGAGCGCAUCUCAACUAAUGAAAACUGCUUUGCGAUCCAAGUCUCUGUGGAUGGUCAGUAUCUUCUUCUUUUUCCUACUUGGCGCAACCAUCACAGCAAGUGGAUGGAUUGUCGAAUACCUCGUUGAGAUUCGCGGCGGUAAUCUCGGCGCGAUGGGCUAUGUCCCGGCAGGCUUCAACGGAGGGGCUAUGCUUGGUCGCCUACUUUUGGCCGAGCCUACCUAUCGCCUUGGAGAGAGGAGAAUGAUUCUGCUCUAUGUGGUGCUCUGCAUAGCCUUCCAGUUGGUCUUUUGGCUGUGA